AUGAGGGUCGCUCUCUUUUCCGCGACCUUGUUGUCGCUGCUGGGCCUGACAGCUGGUCUUCCCAAAUUUCCUGAGGAGACCAGCGGUACCUUUGAUGCCAUCCCGGUCUCGAGCAUGAAUGAAACCGAGAUUUCCCAGUACAACAGGAGGCAAGCAGACACCGCUGCUCUGUACCCACGACUGGUCCAUGGAUCUCAGUUUUCUCGGCGGUUUGAGUUUCUCAGUUUGUUCAAGAAACCAAAGCCAGGAGUCUCCUACUCGGCCAUGCGCGACGAGGGAGGUUGCAAGACUGCCGACGAAAUCGCCAAGGACGUUGCAAGGUUCACCAAGACUUACUCCUUUAUUCGUCUGUACAGCCCAGACUGCGACCAGGUCAAGAACACCCUUGCAGCUGCCAAAAAGCACGACAUGCAGCUGUUCCUGGGUACUCGCCCCAAGUUGCCCGUUGCCGACGAGAUCAAGAAGAUUGCGGACCAGGUCAAGGGGGACUGGAGCAUGGUUGACACGGUCGCCAUUGGCAACGAGUAUAUGCUCGAACUGAAGCUGGACCCGAAAAACAAGGGCAGUGUUGGGCAAAUCCUCGCCAAGCUGGCCGAAGGCCGCGAGGAGCUGAAGAAGGUCGGAUACCACCCGGACAAGGUCAAGCACGCCAAGGUGGUCCUGAACGAGGUCUGGUGGCACGCGCUGGAGAACCCGGCACUGUGCGAUGACUCCGACUAUUGCACCGUCAACUUCCACCCCUACUUUGACGAGAACCACGGCACCGAGAAGGCGGGUCAGUUCAUGCUGGACAUGGUCAAGAAGAUGAGGGACACGUUCAAGAAGAACAAACGCAUCCACAUCACUGAGACGGGCUGGCCGACCAAAGACGGCGACGCCGACAGGAAUCCGGCCUCUCCGCUCCGCGGCAGGGCGUCCGUCGCCAACCAGAAGAGGGUGCUCAAGGACAUCAAGGAGAAGCUCGGCGGGAAGCCCGGUGAGCUGGUCCUCAUGUCGCCCAACAACGACAGGUGGAAGGCGGCUGGUGCGCCGGACGACCAUGUCGAGAAGAACUGGGGUAUUGUUGAGUAA